UCUGUAUCAUAGAUGUCCCGUCUACACAAUUUGUACGUAACAUCUCGUCACUUCCUGCAGUCCUUCGCUCCAAAAAUAUCCGUACAACGGAUUUUCGGGGCUCGUUUUUUCUGCGAGAAUUCAACUCCAAGGCCUUCACCCGAAACAUCGGCGCAGACUUUUGGGGUUUUGUUAGACAUCGACGGAGUUCUUGUCAGGGGCCGGAACCCAAUCCCCGGAGCGAAAGAAGCCUUGGGACUGCUUCAAAAGUCGGAUGUUCCUACAGUUUUCUUGACAAAUGGUGGCCUUGAAAUGGAAAAGGAACUGGCGGAACAUCUUUCAGAUAGGAUCGGCUUUGAGGUAAGUUAUUAAAAUAUAUUAUUGGCGAGGAGUGGCUUGGUGAAUCAUGAUGGCUUAGUAGAUCGAUAAGCGAAAGAAGUGUAUGGUUAUUAAUUUACCAUUUGAGAGGGGUUGCUUUGUUCCUCAAGGUGUCUCUUUAUUAUUGUUCAACGGUGAAGAAAUAUAUUUUAACUUUUAGGUACGAGAAGAUCAGAUGAUUUUAUCACAUACACCUCUAAAAAUGUUUGAUUGGCUUCACAACAAACAUGUUUUGGUAUCUGGUCAAGGAAGUGCUAAAGAAAUUCUUCAAGAGUAUCCUUUCACAAUAUAUCUUGGGCACGUUGCUGAAGUUUCAGUGAGCUGGAAGAUUAAUAAUGUUGUACAUCUGUCCAAGAACAGAAUAUGUUUUCAUGGGUCAAUUGCAGACCAAUGCUCCACAUUCGCACUGACAGGCAAAAAAAAAAAAUUGAAAUAUCUGGGAUAUGAAACACCCAUGAUGUGUCAAAUCCAUACCAAAGUGGAACAUAUAUAUAUCUCUGGGGUGGAAGAGGAGGGGAGAGUCAGGGCUCACUUAGACAAGUACAUUACACUAUUGUAUUUCUCAAUGAAACCUCUGGCUACAGUUGUUCAAAGGGUGAAUAGUGCUAUACGCUGAAUAAAUCUCUAUCCAUUGGAUAGCACACUACAUUUUGUUAACACUUAUCCAUUGGAUAGUGAUUUAUCUGGUAGAUAGCGUUAUCCACACCUUGAACAACUGGGCUCUGAUGUUCAGGAACAUCAAUGAGCUUUAUUGGCAAUAUUAGCUUUUUGAUCUGCAUGCAAACUAUAUCUUUUUCACCAAGCAUAAUGGAAACUAGGAGUUGUUAGCAUGUUUGCCAAAAAAAUCAAAUAAGACAAAUCAAAGCAAGCAAGGAGAUGAAUAAUGCUACUUUUGUUAACUUACAAAAAUUAGAUAUGGAUUUACCAAGGUAUCGGAUGUUGAAGAUGUGCGAAGAGCAUAUCCAUUGCUGGACAUGGUAGACAGGGAACGUAGAUAUGAUUUUGCUUCUGUAAGUAAAAAUAAUUUAUUCAAACAAUUGUCUAUCUGCCAUUUAACAAAUAGAUUCCUUGUUGUUGUGCAUCUGUUCAGUAAUAGUCAGAUCCACACAGUGUCAUUUAAAUUGAUAAGAACAAAAAAGUGGCACAUGCGGUGCAACCAAAUGUGUCCAUGGCAACAGUCCAGAACCUUAAUGCUUUUAUCUUAAAAAAUGAAAAAAUGCUGUUAAUGGUGACGUAAUUUAUGGGUUUGUCCUCCAAAAUAUCAUAAGUGAGAACACUAUAUCAUAUAAUGUAAAAUAAUUGUCAUGAAAAAUGUUUCAAGAUUUGGGAAAUGCAUUAGAAGUUAUACUAUGUUACCUUUUUUUCCUUUACUUAUAACCUAGCAUUUCCAAUAACUUUUUAACAAUAAAAGAAACUUAGAAGAUUUUACUCUUUUUUUCAGCUUGGUUAUGCUCCUGAAGAAUUUCCACCUAUUGAAGGUAAGUUUUAAGUGUAAAUUUAUUUGUAAGGCAUGCAUGUGUAUGAGUAGGCUAUUCAUUCACCUUUCCCAUUCAGGUAGGCUAUCCAUGUCUUUUGCCAUAAUCUUUUACACUGGAAUUAUGAAAAAUAAUUACACUUUUAACUCAGGAGAAAAAUGCUGAGGAAUCAAUGUUGCUGAGACAAGCUACUUCAGUUGUUAUUUUGAAUGUGUAAUAUUUUUCAUUUCUCACAAAUAAGUCUUAUAUUUCUGCAGCCAUUAAUUUAUGAUUAUUAUUUUGGUUUUUACACAUAUCAUUUCUAUACCAAUAUUUUCAUACUUUAUAAAAAUUACACUGCCCUUUAUUUAUCAUGUUUCACACCCCUUUUAACAGUGUGUUUUAUUUACUUAACCCUUUAACUUCCAGAAGUGAUUAACAUGUAACUUCUCCCUAUAGUAUCCAUACAUUAUACAGCAAACAAGUAGUGAGAUUACUCAAACUUAUUAGGUACAAGAUACUAUCUUGAUGGAACACCAAAUUCUCAUAACCAAUUCACAAAGAAAUGUAUAGCAGCUGGAGGAGAGAAUUAACCAUCAGAUCCUGGGAGUUAAAGGGUUAAACCUUUUUCCUACAAGUGUUUUGUGUCUUGCAUUUUCCUUUAGUAUUGUUGUAGAUGCUCAGAACUUGUUGAAUAGAUUAUUCAAAAUUAACUUAUCUUGUAGAUAGAAAUAAGAGAGAUGGUAAGUUUUUUUCUUUGUCUCAUGCUUGUGACAAGACGAAAAAGAUGUUUCUUUAUUUCUUUAUGAACUUAUCUUUUAGUCACACAAUGCAAGUUAUUUAACCUUAGCCAGCCAGACUAACCAGGUCACAAAAAAACCAAUUUUUAUAUGUAAUAGGUAAAAUAAUUUAAUUACUUAGUAACAUUAUAUUUCCUUUUUGUCAUAUAUAGCAAUAGUAUUGCUUGGAGAGCCGGUGAGAUGGGAAACAAAUCUUCAGUUGGUUAUUGAUAUGCUUGUUACCAAUGGAAGCCCAUCAUCUAGUGUGCUGUCUGUACCAAGCCACCAUAUUCCUGUAAUUGUUUCAAAUACAGAUUUAAUAUACAUGGCAGAAGUUUCAUUACCCAGGUACACAUAAAGAGUGAUGAUUUUGUCAGAAUUGAAACAUAAAUUAGUUGUCAGUACUGAUCUUAGCAUUUAAAACCUUAACCUAUAAUAUCAUUUAAAAAUUUCAGAUUUGGACAUGGUGCUUUCUUGCUUAGCUUGGAAAAUCUUUAUAAGGUGUGAAGAUAUCUGUUAUUUAUUUUAGCCCUUAAGGUGUUUGUUAAAUGUAACCUAAGGACUGUUAUAAAAUUGAUUGCUAGUGCCAUGUAGUUGCUGUUGGCAUUCUGUAAAGGAUGCAUUGAGUAGAUAGAACCAAACUGGUGUAAAGUACUACUAUUGUACUGUUGUUGCUAGACAUUUUAAAUUUGAAAACACCUUCAAAGAAUUUUUCAUGCAAAUAAUUUGUGUAUGUGCAGGUUUGUUUUAGGUUUUUUCAGUUUUUUGGUUGAGUCACUUUGUAGAAGUUUAUUCAUUUGUGAUUUGAAAGUUUACAGCUUUUCUGUGUGCUGGAGUUGUUUUUUCGUCUGUUUCAUAGAGAGUUUGAUAUUUAGGAAAAAUUAUUGAUUUCAUCUCUAGAUCUUGAUUGGAGAAUCGUAAGAUUCUUUAGUGUCACAGCCAGUUAAAGAUGUAUCAUACAUGGUUUCAGAGAAUGUUUCGUCUCUGAGCCAUAGAGAAAUCUUCCACCUCACCAGAAAUUUGCCUUUUGCUAUACAUUUCCUUUUUUUAAUGAUUCUCAUUUAAGGAGAACCAGAUAGUCUGCUGUUGGAUUGUAACAGUCAUCGGAUAUAAAAGUAGUGAUAUUUUUCACUUGCUUGCAUUAAAACAUACUCCUAAAAGAUUGUAAUAUUUUUGUUUCCAGAAACUGACAGGUCAAGAAUUGGUUUACUCAGCAUUUUUAGGAAAGCCAUACUUAACAAGUUACCAGUAUGCAGAAUACUGCCUGAAUCAAAACAGUGGAGGAGCAUCUGGCAAUCUGAGAACACUAUAUGCUGUUGGGUCAGUGCAAAUGUACAUGCAUCAUGGUGUAACAUAAAACUCUAUUAGAUAAAGCAAAUGAUGAUGUAUUCUGAAAAGAGACUUCAUAUCUUAGCUUGCCCAUGUGUUAUUCUCCAUUAAAUUUACUUCAUUUUCAUUUUAGUGACAAUCUGGAUACAGACAUUUAUGGAGCCAAUUUGUGUCAUGAGUAUGUAAAGGUAUUUGAUGAUGGUAGUGGAAAUAUUAAUACUUAUGAACAUCAUCCAAAUGACUCCUCAAGUCAAUUGGAACAGAAUACAUUCAAAUGGUUACCUGGGGUUAGGAAAGUAGAAUCAAUUCUUGUCCAAACUGGUGUAUCAACUCAAGAUAAUGACAACCAGCCUUCAACCAAGGAAGAUGCUCGCUAUUUACAUCGCGACAUUCAUUUUCAUCCUCACUUGAGGAGAGCAAAUCAUGUUGUGGAGAAUAUUGCUCAAGCAGUUGAACUGAUCCUAAAGCAGGAACAGAUAAAUUCCCAAUAAUGAUGUAACAAUGAAUAUGUAUAAAAUGGAGUGUUUGCAAAAUUAAAUACAUUUAUUCUUAUAAAUUCCCAGAAAAAUGAUGCAAAAUGUUUCAUAUAUUACACUAAAACAAUAUUUUUGCAAAUUUAUAACUUGUCUUCAAUGUAGGAAUGGUAGAUAGUAAUUAAUUAACUAGUAAAUAGAAAUAUACUGGUAAUGUGUCCUAAGGUAACCUGCUUAGAUUAAUUUUAAAAUUUCUACUCUACACCAAAUUUCAGUGGGAAUGGUUUUUGAUUUGAUUAAUGGAGACAAAAUAACAUUUCAGUCGUGACUUAUUUAUUGCUUUAAAACAAUUUACUUGUGUAUUACAUCUAGUUAAAUAACUUUUUUUCAAAGUUUCAUUUGAGAAAAAUAAUGAUAUUUUCAAUCUAGGAUAGGGCUUUUUUACUUUAAUUAUAAUAAUGGUAAUACUUAAAAAAUUUAUAUAUAUAUUUAGAAAUUCAACCCACAAAAACACAUUAUCGUCAGAUGAUUACAUUCUUAGCUUUCGAAUAUUCAUAGAAAUUUCAUGUUUUUAUUAUUGAUUUAUUUAAGAUGCAUCAUUGUUUUCAAAAAUAUAUUGCAUAGUGGUUAUAUUAUUUAUACAAUUAGCUCUGAGUAUUGGAUUUUUUUUUUAACCCCUUAACUCCUAAGAUCUCAUUAGUAAUUCUCCUUACUGUCUGCCUUAUAGUUCUUGUGAUGUUAGUUUGGAGAAUUUGGUAUUGGAUCAACUAAUAAUUCCCUAAUUAAUAUUUUUCUAUAUUCUCAUCAUUUGUCUGCUUGACACUGUAUUGAUAUUGUUAGGUGUUAGGAGAAAUUCUGUCUUGGUCACUCUUGGGAGUUAAAGGGUUAAGGACAGUAUUGUGUUUCACUAGGUUAAAUUUUGAGGAAGAUGUUACCUUAAUUUUAAUCUGUUUUUAUUUCUUGGGAUCACAAUUUUGUGUUAAAUAUUUAUUUAAACAUGAAGAAUAAAUUGUUUUUAAUAUGCUGUG